AAAAGGGACCACAGGAUGAAAAAAUCAAAAAAUUGAAGAUGCUUAAAGACCCAGUUACAAGGAGGCUUCGGUCUCAUAGGCUUGAGCAAAUAAUAAAUAAUAACAGAUACCACAGUCCAGAAUUAUCAAAAAUAGACUCUAAUGAACCUAACAAGCAAAUAGUUGUAAUUUGGAAUCUUCAUUGGCGUUUUACUAUCAUAAAUUUAUUCACAUUUUUGCGUGAUUUUUUGCAGCAUUAUGUAGACAAAGCAUCAGUUUCACGUACAACAAGAAAACAAGUUUAUGAUCAAAAAAGACUUGCAGAAAAUAGUUAUGAACCACUAACUAAUGCUCCCGAUUGGACUAUAGCUGGGUAUCAUGGUGCUUUGAGGGCUCUAAUUAGAAGAUAUUUUUAA